UUGUGCUACUCUACGCACAAAUACACCAACACACAAUCGUAAACAUCGCCCUCUUCGGAAAAACACUAAAAAUCUUAAUUUAACAGUGUAAAAACAUCCAAAACCCCUUGUUUAUAUCAAAUUAUACAGUGCGUUCAUAGAAACAUAGCCAAAUAUUAAAACCUGUGCGAAUAAAGUUGCAAACACUAACGUAAACUUAAUGUACAAGUAGUAACCUAACCUUAAUCGUGUCAAAAUGUACAAUUACAUCGAAUAUAAUAAAAUAUUGAUGUUUUCGUAUAGAAAAUCAUUUACAACACAUCGACAAUGUAAAAUUGUCUAAGCAGUCAUCCAAACCCUCAAAAUUCAAGUAAAUUUAAAAAAUGGGUAACACAACGUCCGGUGAGACUAAAACCGGCGGUAAAGCGGGAAAAUUGAAGAAAAUCCGUGGUAAACGUGGAAAAUCCGAAGAACCCCAAUUCUCCGGUGCAAUUGUCGCCGAAGAAGCAAAACCAUCCAGCGAAUUAAAAACAACAAAAUCAGAACAAACCGUCAAAGUAAUUGAAACACCAGUACGCACACCGGAAGAACUAUGGAAGACCUCUCCAUCUAUGCAAGCACCACAACUACAACAACUCUCCCAACCAUUGGUUCCUCCAAUAAAACCCGCGCGAAACAAAGGGGAAGCACCAAAACCACCCGGAAUGAAACAACAACUCAAACCACCACAACAAAAACCAACAAAAGAAGAAACAAAAGAAAAGACAGAUGUAGACAAAGCAAUUGAAGAGAUAAAAGUGGAAACCCCCGUGAACGCACCGCCAAGUAAAGAAUCCAGCUCGGAAUCGCACUUUACGGAUCCACUGCUAACACCCAUCGAAUUCUCGGCGGAGAUGAAUGAAUGUUACUACAGUCAAGAAAGUGUUCUGGAUGUACCAGUUUCUGAUCCUUCUACUAGCGCAGCGCCAUCUAGUCGCCAAGCAACAAACCACCUCACGUUAAAUUUAAACGGACAACAAAUUCAUCUAUCUACACCAAACGAGGCCAGUAUUUUGUUGCAAAAUGAUGAAAAUUUGAGAGAGCAGGCGCGAAAAAAUUAUGUGCGUGCCGUUCUGGAGAGGUUAAGCGUGUCCGAAAUGAAACAAUUGGAAUACAUCGUGGAAUAUCAAGAACACGUGGAUCAAAUUCAAAAUAAAACCGAAGAUAACACCAAAAACAUUGCAGAGGAUGAAAAUAUUGCGGAUGAAGAAGAAAACAGUGUCAGCGAAGUGUUUACACCAAGAGAACCAUUACCUAAACGCGCUUCUGAUUUAAAUCUGCAUUCAAUCGGUGCACCAACAAAAUAUCGUCGUCACAUGUCCUUGACUUCCGUUGAGGGUCAAGAUCAACAAAAACAAUUACCGUGUAUGACGGCGUCGAUGACAGCCCUCCCACACGGACAAACCACACCCUCACUAGGCGGAUCUACUGUUGACGUUUUGAAGAAGUUAUCAUCGACAUCAACGACGUGCCUAUUUGGACAGGAAUGGCAUAUUGUAAAACCGACAUUUGUACCGGAAAAAUUGGAUUUUAAACUUUACGAAAAGUUUGAAGGUUAUAUGCUGAUAAACUGGCUUAUAUCGGAGUUCAAAGACGAUCACCUACAGGAAAUCACGCAUACACAAGACCUUAAAGUAUUGGCGGUGCAGUUUUGUACGCAUUUAUUGGCUGCGAGAGUUUUGAAACAGAUUCAGGAUAAAGAUGUCCCGAAUUAUAAUAUUUUUAAGCCUGAUUUGAUGUACUUCUGGACUCAUUCGGAGAUUCCCCAAGCAGUGCCAGACACACCCGGAAAACUAAGUCAAAUAUCUUGGCCUCCAAUGUCUCCCUUAGAACCGGAAAUGCUGAUCACGGCCGAAAGUGUUACCGAUGCGGAGAUAAUCAAUGGAUCAUCUCCGAAAACGCCGGACUCUGCCGGCAGUCCCAAAGAAUUAAAACCCGCGGCGAAAGCGGCUGAUAUUCUGAGUUUAGAAGAAGAAAUCCGAAGAUUAAAACAGGAAGUUGAAAAAUACAAAACUUUGAUAGAGAUUCAGGCAUUAACGGCGAAGACUGUGGAGGAUUUCAGUUCACCGAUUGAGGAAAAAUCUCCAAUGUUUGGAAGUAGUGUUUCAACAUCAGAGUGCUUAUCAGUGGAAAGUGAUACAAAGACAUUAAGUACAGUGAACAGUUCCGGGGUUGAUGUAAUUUUCAGAUCAUCAGAUAAUCAAGUGAAAGGGUUGUGUGAAAUGUGCGGGGCUACUUAUGUGAGGUCAAAUGAUACUCUGGAGGAGAGUGUGGAUGCUGUGGUACCAGAUGGGAUGUUAGACAUCAGCAAUGCGUCAUCGCAAGGAAGUAUUCUUACGGUUAUAAGUGCAAAUACUCAGAUUGAAGGUGUAAGAGGAAUGGGUGAUGGUGGGGGUAGGAUUGGGUUUAUCAGUAGGGAAACUGGUGUAACUGGACCUCCACCACCUCCACCUCCUCCAAUGCCUGUGGGGCAGUUAGGAACAGAUGAAAUAGGUGGUGCUCCUCCUCCACCGCCCCCACCAAUGAUGCCGAUGAUGAUGGGAGGUGGACCUCCGCCACCACCUCCUCCACCAAUGCCAGGAAUGAUGGAAACAAUACCACCACCUCCUCCACCUAUGGCUGGAAUAACAGGUCCUCCACCGCCACCUCCUCCAAUGCCUGGGAUGGCAGGACCUCCUCCUCCUCCAAUGCCUGGAAUGGGAGGACCUCCCCCACCACCUAUGCCUGGAAUGGGUGGACCUCCUCCACCUCCAAUGCCUGGAAUGGGCGGCCCACCCCCUCCACCUAUGCCAGGAAUGUCAGGUCCUCCCCCACCUCCAAUGCCAGGGAUGUCCGGAGGUCCUCCACCGCCACCACCACCAAUGGUCGCAGGCAUGCGUGGAAUGCCCGGAUUACCACCGCCGCCUCCGCCUGUACCAGGGGGCCCCGCACCCUUGCCGGCACCUCCCCCAGGCGGCUGGAACGCAAACAAGGCGGUGGCGCCACCGCCGUUCAUGUAUCCAGCGAUGCGGAAACCACCAAUCAACCCGACAGCCCCAAUGAAACCUCUUUACUGGACGCGUAUACUGAUUGCGCAAGCGCCACCGACAUCAUUACCAACCACACCGGUACGAGUACCAUCUCCUGAUGAACCGGAUGCGCCCGCCAUUAUUCCCGCUAAUCCACUAUGGUCGCAAUUGGAUGAAGUUAAGCUCGAAUGCAAUUUCAACGAAUUCGUAGACCUAUUCUCCCGACAAGUCACAACGUGUAAACCGAGCAAAAAGAAAACCGAGACCAAAACGAAAAAAAGCGAAGUUAUCAAACUCUUAGACGGAAAAAGAUCUCAAAGUGUUGGCAUUUUAGCGCAUAGUUUACACGUGGAUUUUCAAGAAAUCGAGAACGCUGUCUAUAACUUUGAUACCUCAGUGGUAAACUUGGAGUCACUACAGAUCAUAUACGAAAAUCGCGCAACUGCGGAAGAGUUGGAGCUGAUCAAAGAUCACCUCGCUACGAAACCCGAGAUUCCGUUGGAUAAGCCCGAGCAGUUUUUACACGACCUUAGCGAGAUAUCCAGUUUCGCCGAGCGGAUUUCGUGUUUUAUGUUCAUGGCCGAGUUUGACGACGCCAUUACAACGAUUGAGCAUACAUUGAGCAACGUAAAAUCAACUUGUCACUUUUUGGUAACAAGUAGCUCAUUGAAAGAAGUAAUGGCAAUCAUUUUAACUGGAAAUUACAUGAAUGGUGGUAAUAUGGCACGUGGUCAGGCAGAUGGUUUUGGUCUUGAAAUUAUGUCAAAACUUAAAGAUGUAAAAUCAAAAGAUUCACAAAUCACGCUGUUGCAUUACAUCGUGCGUACUUAUAUCAAACAAUUGGAAAUGCCCUUGGAAGGUGGAAAACUUACAUUGCCGAUUCCUGAACCGGGCGAUAUUAGUCGUGCAGCCACGGUUAAUUUUGAUGAUGUCGAAAAUGAUCUCAAAAAAUUAAAAGUCAAACUAAAAGCAUGUGAAAAUCGAACACAAAAAGUUAUCGCUGCAUCCAACGCAGACAAUUUACACCCAUUCAAAGAGAAGAUGUCUGAAUUUAUAGACGUAGCCAAUAAAAGGCUACAAAGCGAAUGCGAUGAUCUCAAAGAGUCAAAGUUGAUUUUCAUAGCAACUGUGCAGUUUUAUCAAUUCAAACCGAAAUCUGGCACGUUGGAAACAUUCCCGCCACAUGAUUUCUUCGAAUUGUGGCUGCCAUUUUGUGUGGAUUUCAAAGAUAUUUGGAAGAAAGAGUUUAUACGCCUUGAGAAAGAAAAGUUGAAAGAGUUGAAAAUGAAGAAGAACCAAAGGUUGUCUGAGCAUGUCACAAUCAAAAAACGCGAAAACGGCCUCAAGGAGAAGGUGCAGCGUAUGACCCGUAAGCUUAACACGAACAAGAAUACGUAGUAGCUUUUUGGUAACAAAACAAUAAUCGAAACACAGAAAAUAUAAAUAUUAAAGUAAAAUAUUACGCGUUACUCUAUACAUUGUUAUAUCAGAACCAAAAAAACAGUUACGAGAAGUAUUAUAUACGUAUUGAAGUAGGAUUAAAAUUACGAUUGAAUGAUUGUGUUUGAUAUAGUUUUUAAAGAUUGUUUGUCACAGAUGUUUGUCGUUUUAUGUAAUAAUACAUUUCCAACAGUUUUAUUUGCAAUUUUAAAUUGAAUACUUGUCAUAUUUAUCAUUUUUAAAGACAAUAAAAUUAAAGAAAUUUUGUUAAA